ACAGACCGUAUGUUAGAGGUUAGGUGGUCAACGUUCUCUAACACGCGUUUAGGAAUUGCGUUUACGUGGUGGUACUGCGUGAAAAAGGAUUGUUCGCAUAUUUAGGAUAUCCGUGGAUUCUUUCAGCGGAUCUAUUAUGGAAGUUUCGAGGAGAACUAUUUGGAUCGCCCCGAACCUAGUUGCAGCGCUAUUUCUGGCCCUCGUUUUAAGUGGUGGAGAAGGAGUGAAGAUCAGACACCUGAAGAUUCCAGAUGUGGUCCUGAACGGGACGGAGCAGCCAGUGAUCCUGGACUGCGACUAUGUCCUGGAUGUACCAGCAACCACGUCAGGCCUGGUGGUGAAGUGGUUCUUCAACAACCAUCCAGCGCCUGUGUACCAGUGGAUCUUCAACAAGAAGCCGCAGGAUCUUGGGGUCCUUAAGGGCAAAGUCAACCUGAACUACAAAGCGACCAAUGAGGAGUCAACAAUGUACAGAGCAAUUGAAAUCAUAACACCAACAACUGAGUUGUCAGGAGAAUACAAGUGCCUUGUGUCUACCUUCGAUAAAGAGGACUCAAGAUCAAAGAAGAUGAUUGUCUAUGUGCCUGAGAAGAGUCUCGACAUGACGCAAGAGAAACCUAGGGAUGAUCGAGUGACUAUAAACUGCACAGCUGAGGGAGUCUUCCCUGAACCUAAUAUGACCAUUCAGGCGCUGGACAGCACCAGUAACAUUGGGUUCUCGACGGUAACAACAAAGAAGCAGAACAAUAGUAACCUUUAUGACAUUAAAGGUUCCCUGACAGUAGACGACGUGGACCUCAACUCACCAACUACUUUUAUGUGUGAACUAAGUAUACCAGACGCCAAAUACUCCAAUAUGAGAAAACUGGUAUACUUUCCAGGGCCCCCCACCACGCAGUCUACCCCAAUCCACCCAGAUUUUGGGGAAACCCAGCCGACUUCUGGGGCAAGUAGCAGUUCUACCUUACCUUCAUUUUGGUCUGUGAUCCUAUUGUCCAUCAUUGCAGCCGUCUCGAGUAUACAGCUAUGAGAAUGAGGUACAUGGUGAUGCUGUUGGCUUCCAAAGUAUCCAGCUUUGUGGUGACAAUAUCCGUUGAGUCCGAGGUUUCACAUUCAGGACAACAAGGGUCUCGUCUUAAAGCUUGUGUGUGUUGAUUUUGAGUUUUACCUAAUCUGUUUUGUUACGUUACAUUUAUAUUGUGAUCGUUUUGUUACUAAAAUUUAUACGUCUGUAAAGUUUUCUCAAUAUUUUAAAUUGUGAAGCAAAGUUAAAUUACAAAGUAAUUUGCUAGAUUUCAUUAUAUUUACAUGAUAAACAGUUUUAAAUAGUGCCAUGAUUUAAAAAACAAAAUAAAUAACAAUUUUACGAAUUUGUCACAAUUUUUUUUUGUUUAAAAAUAUUAUUGAGUUGAUAAAUUUAGUUUUUUUUCUAGUAUCCUAUAGGUUCCUUUUAAUACCCUAUGAACACAAUGAACUAACUAUUAUAAACAAACUGUUAUAUAAAAAAGGCCCCAAGAGCACUUAAAAUUAAUUAUUAAUCAUUAGCCUGGUUUAAAAAAAAAUGGAUUUUCCCUUCUAACAAUCUAAUCAUACUAUACAUUUUGCAUAUUUAUUUUAAUGCAUCAAGAAUAUCUCUAAAUGCAUGAGAAAACUUUACAGACUCAUGUUCUGUUACCUUAUCUUGUACAAAGAUUAACAUGUAUAUAGUUACUACUCUUAUCUAUGUGUAUUAUGUUUCAAUGUAAUUUAGCCGUUGACUGUUGAAUUUGUACAGGGUACUUAAAGUAGUUAUACCCUUAUCGACCAUGUAUUUUAUAGUAAAAAUAUAGGAACUUAUUGGUUGAAAUAAAAUUUAAUGUUGAUCAUUUCAGUUUUAUUUUUAUAUGGAUGAAACCGUUUUAAUAGAGAAACACGUUAACAUGUUUUAAAAAUUGAAAUCUAUUUAAUUAUUUGCCCCAAAAUAUAUUUUUCCAAGAUUUAAUAAAAUGCAUAUUGUUUGUUUAAACGUAACUAAAACCCUUGACACAGGAUAUUUUAUCUUAGUUUAAAAUGUUAUAUAUAUUCUAGUGCAUAUUCUAGUCUUGUUAAAUUUAAAAUAAAAUCUCUUGACCAAAGAUACUUUAUUUAUUGAGGUAUAUAUAAUUUCUUACACAAAUUAUUCUGUGUCACCAAAGAUAUUGACUAGUUUUUGAUGCAAGUGUUUGUGUAUAUAUAUAAAAUAUAUUGUGUUGUAUAUUGAGAAUAUAUAAACUCGUUUAAAAAAAUAUUAAAAUAAAAAGGUUUUCUUUAAAAGUUGAAAAUUUUCAAUGAUUUUUAUCAAUCGCUUGGUUUUGAAUUCCCCAAAACAUGUCUAGAAAUAGUUAUAAUUUUAAUAUUUAUAAGACUUUUUUAUGGUCGUAAAAUUCGAAAGAGAGAAUUCCUUUUAAUAUAAAGUGUAAUAUACUGUACGUUUGGAAUAAAUUGUAAAGUGUAAAGGUAGGAAAUGUUAUGUGUACAAUAAAACAUACAUUUUUACAGCUUGUGCCUUAUGUUCUAAUACCUACUUUGUCAUGAAAUUGAGAAAACGUACUGCAAAAAAAGAAAUAUAUAUAUAUGAACGCAUAUGACUUUUGUCUUACAAGAUAACUAU